AUGUCUACCACCCCACAAGAUGAGCCUGCGCCACAAUCCAUCCCUCUCCCGAAAGUCGCUAAUACGCCUCCCGGGGUCAUGAAUCAUAGUAGAUACAGUACCAACGCCCAUUUUCAAGAGCGUAAAGAGCAGCAUGCAGAUGUCGAGGUCCAGCUUCGCGACGAGAUCGGCCGCUCCGUCUACUGCGACACUCCACAAUUCAUCGAGAAGAUCUUCGAAGGCGUUGAGGAUUCCGUCGUGAAGAAGAUAUUCAAUGUGGCGUGUACUGGCAGCAAUCCUUUGUAUUCUCGAGACCGCUGGACGAAGUUUCCGGAUCCAACGCCAGGAUCCGAGAAGCAGCUCUACAAUCCAUUCGUCGAUACCGCGAACUUCAUCACACAAGAGUGUGGCACUGCUAGUGCCACCGUUCCUAAUGACAACAGGAACAUAUGGUGGUCCACUGCCUCUACCGCCAUCCCAAAGGCACGCGGUUGCAUCUAUUGGCCAUGA